CAAUAACCGUACGAUUCCAACCAUCCAACGUCUCACAGUAAAGCUACUAGAACUUUCUCCUCUUCCUUCCCCUUUAUAUUACGUGUUCUUCAUUUCUAACACACGCUCUUCACUCUUGGCUUGUGCUCUCCUCGUGUCACUAGGGUUUAACUUCUUCGUUUUUGCUUCUUAGAUUUCGAGAAUCGUUUGCUAUGGGAAAAUCUUACCCAACUGUUAGUCCCGAUUACCAGAAGGCCAUUGAAAAGGCUAAGAGGAAGCUCAGAGGUUUUAUCGCUGAGAAGAAAUGCGCUCCUCUAAUUCUCCGUUUGGCAUGGCACUCUGCUGGUACUUUUGAUUCCAAGACAAAGACUGGUGGUCCUUUCGGAACAAUUAAGCACCAAGCUGAGCUUGCUCAUGGUGCUAACAACGGUCUUGAUAUCGCGGUUAGGCUGUUGGAGCCUAUUAAGGAGCAAUUCCCUAUUGUGAGCUAUGCUGAUUUCUACCAGUUGGCUGGUGUUGUUGCUGUUGAGAUUACCGGUGGACCUGAAGUUCCUUUCCACCCUGGUAGGGAGGACAAGCCUGAGCCACCACCUGAGGGUCGCUUGCCUGAUGCCACUAAGGGUUCUGACCAUUUGAGGGAUGUGUUUGGAAAGGCUAUGGGGCUUAGUGAUCAGGACAUUGUUGCUCUAUCUGGUGGUCACACCAUUGGAGCUGCACACAAGGAGCGUUCUGGAUUUGAGGGACCAUGGACUUCUAAUCCUCUCAUUUUUGACAACUCAUAUUUCACUGAGUUGUUGACUGGUGAGAAGGAUGGCCUUCUUCAGUUGCCAAGUGAUAAGGCACUUUUGACUGACUCUGUAUUCCGCCCUCUUGUUGAGAAAUAUGCUGCGGAUGAAGAUGUUUUCUUUGCUGAUUAUGCUGAAGCACAUCUUAAGCUCUCUGAGCUUGGAUUUGCUGAAGCCUAAGUCACAGUUGUUUGGUGUUUAGAGAGGAGCACUGUCCUGAAUCUUACAUAAAUUUCAUAGACGUUGCUUUUAUUUUCAAUGUGGAUUCAUCUUAGUUGGGUAGCAUUUUGGAUGUAUUUUGGAAGUUUGAUUGUUUUCUCUAUUGUUGAUCCUUGGUUAAAUAACAUUGUUAAGUGGUAAUGCCCAGCUAUUGCAUUUUCCUGAUAA